AGGAAAACGAUGAGUGAUCCUAUCCUACGUAGAAGCUAGAAGCCAGAACUAGCGCGCAACACUUCGAGCAUUCGCAAUAGACACAAAGGUUACUACGUACGAUAGCUCCUGAAAGAAUUCUGAAUUACUAGUACAUCAACUACAACAAUUACAACAAUGUUUGGAUCCAUGAAGAGCAGUUACUCGAACACAAGCACAACUCUGCUGACGCGGAGCAGCCGUGCUACGUCCUCACGAACACAGAGGUUUUUCCCCACGAGGUUAACAGGGGUUCCUAGAAGCGUCUCCUUCUCAACAAGAACCAGCGCACCUUCCAGAAGUCCGAUAUGCAGCCGCAUAUUAUCCGUCUUGUCCGAAACUCUUGCGCCGGUUGCACGUUCUAGCAUACGAAAAACUUCUUCUCCAUCUACAUUUUUAUUCUCAACCAACUCAACUACAUCAACAUCCAGUACCAGCGGCGGAGGACUGCUGUUUCUUUCUCCGAAAAAGCAUAUUUUCUUUCAUCACGGCUUCAACAAACAGACGAGAAAGAAUUAUCGCAUAGGAAUAUGGGGGAUGCAUAUUUGUAUCGUGACCAUGUCUUUCCCAAUCUGGUCGGUCUUCAUCGGAAUCAUUAUGAAAGGGGGGAAGAUGUUUUUCGCAUAUAACAAACUACUUGGAAGGAGUUUUUCAUUUGUGAUGGCGAGGAAGAGCCUCUUCUCCUGCAUUUCCAUUCAUCUACUCCCAGCUAGAAACUGAAACAUCAACAUUUAUGAUAAAGAAAAUGGGAAUCGGAAACGAAAUACAAAUAAAAGUUAAGCACUUUAUGGAAUUAUUAACAUCUACAUCUACUUCUAGUUCUACUUCUCUAAUCCAAACCCAGAUGUUCAGCAGGCAUUUUUUGAAUAUUUCCAGUUUACCUGGACGCCUCCAGAAGCGGACCCAUCGAUUAUUCGCGACAUACAGCGUGGACGCACACCUACCGCAUCGAGUGAGGAAAUUAUGAAGACAAGACCGUGCUAGUCGUCAAUAUGGAUUUCCAUAGUGCUUAGUUAGUGUUAUCUUACCAUGAUGGAAUCAUCAUCGAGAAGAUGUUCAUGUUGUUGAAGUACAACUUCGUAAACGCAUUGAACUACCAUUGUAAUACUGUAGACGUAGAGCAGCAUCUACUGAACCGUCAUCGCCAAUAGGAAUAACUCAGGAUCAUCUAAAAUCUGCUACGAAAGGGAGUACGAGAUACGGAAGCAGUUGUAUGCCAACAACCCAGGUUCGGCGGCUGAUCCGAAUGCGAGUUACUUCAGAGAUACAGGCAUCGAGAAGAAAGUGAAGUGGCUACCGUUAAGGGUAGGUUAAAGGUGUUUCUGUUACCGUCUGUUAUGUCUCUUCUAAGGGUGUAUGGUUCUGGUAUUUUUGGUGUAACCUGAAUUUGAUCCUAAGGGUUCUCUUCUUGUUUUCCCUUAGGAUCAAAUUCAGGCUAUACCAAAAAUACCAGAACCAUUCAAAGGGGGACAGGCAUGACAAACGGGAUACAGAAACGCCAGAACCCUACCUCUAAUACCAAGAAGAGCGAAGCCAGAGGACACCACUUCGCCUUCACUUGAGGUUGACGUUCAGAGCUUGCAACUGGUACCGUUCGCGACCUAGUGUUCUACCGAACGGUACCAGUUGCAAGUGUCUUCGAAGAUGUGACACUGAGUAGUACAACUAUAUUGGCAAGUACGAGUUGAAGAUGUCUCACUGCCUCAACAGGUAGUACAAAUUGAAGGUCAGUGUAGUGCUGGGAGGUACUAGAAGUUGGAUGAAAUUAUGAGCAGGUGAUAUAUUUACAUAUCUAGUAGAAGACAUCAGCAGGAUGCUGUUCUAAUGACAUUUUAUUUUUAACAAGCUUCUUAUGCUUCAGGGUGAUAAUCGUAACCCCAUG